AUUCCACACAGACCAUCUCAGUCCCCACUUUCCCUUCCAGCAAACUCACACAACCCACCACCGAAUCUCCCAACCCCACUCGAAGCAGCCGCAGCCAUGGCCCCCAAGGCAGACAAGAAGCCGGCCGCCGAGAACAAGGUCGAGAAGGCGGCGGAGAAGACCCCCGCGGGCAAGAAGCCCAAGGCCGAGAAGCGGCUGCCGGCGGGGAAGACGGCGUCCAAGGAGGCCGGCGGCGAGGCGAAGACCAGGGGCCGGAAGAAGGGCAGCAAGGCCAAGAAGAGCGUGGAGACUUACAAGAUCUACAUCUUCAAGGUGCUCAAGCAGGUUCAUCCCGACAUCGGCAUCUCCUCCAAGGCCAUGUCCAUCAUGAACUCCUUCAUCAACGACAUCUUCGAGAAGCUCGCCGGGGAGUCGGCCAAGCUCGCCCGCUACAACAAGAAGCCCACCAUCACCUCCAGGGAGAUCCAGACCUCCGUCCGCCUCGUCCUCCCCGGCGAGCUCGCCAAGCACGCCGUCUCCGAGGGCACCAAGGCAGUCACCAAGUUCACCUCCUCCUAGACUGCCGAUGCGUCCGUCGCCUGAAGUAGCAGAUGCGGUUGUCUGCCGUUGUCUCCUCUUAGUGGUUGCUGACCUGGUUAUCUAUCUGCCACUGCCAGUAGAAGUAGUAGUAGUUGUUGUCUGAAUGCUGUAUGGUUGCCAACACUUUGUUGGCUCGUUCGUUGUAUGAGCUGAAGCUGCCGAUCUAUCUUAAUGUUUAUGUUGCAAGCAGUACUAUUACUGAAUUUCAUGGGAAUUGCUGAA